AUGUCUAAUAAAAAAGAUCAAGAUUCUUUCACCUCCGACAACAGUAAUAACAACUCCACUAAAGAUUCAGAAAAGUAUACUGAGAGUAUUGAUAAAAUUGUUUCCAACUUAGGUGCAUUAACACAUUCAAUUCUUGAUGUGACUAAAGAUGUGGGUAAAGAUUUGAAUGCAAAGGCGAAAAAGUUAUCUGACUCAUGGCUUUCAAGAAUUUAUGACGAUGAAGAAGAAGAUGGAAGACUUUUCGAAUACCCUUCAUUUUAUCAGAAUAGAGGUUGUUUGGAAGAUGAAGUAAAAUCCCAUCCAAUUUUUGGUGACUUGUGGAUUGUUUUCCCAUUUCUGCAGUUUGGACAAUUUUCUGGAAGCUUUAAAAGUGGAUCAACUCCCUUUGGAUAUUAUGCUUAUCAUGGCCCGUCGAUUCGGAACUAUAAUGAAUGCUUGACUAAAAAUGGAAAAUCAGUUUGGGAUGAUCAAGGGUAUUGGAGAUGCCUCUUUCCAAAUAGCGAAGUCCCCGUCGAGCUUUUGAAUUUUAAAAAGAAGUACUUGAAAGACGAAAUAUUAACCAAGGAAGAUUUUAUGAGUGCAAUGAGAAAGAACUCAGCAUUAGAUAACUUCCAAGGUGAUGGUAUGGUUGACUUGAAAGAACAUGGCCGAUUCUUCGACUCAUAUGAUAAGUAUUUGAAUUGGAAGAAUGAGCAAUACAACCAAAGAGUCAAAGAAAGAGAAGCAAAAUGGAAACAAUUAUCUCUUAAUAAAGGAGACAAUUUUGCUACAAGUUCUUCUUUCAGUACAUCAAUCAAAUCCGAUAUGUACACUGAUUCAGAAACCAAUGAAGUCAAGUUUACAAAGGUUAAAACUGAAUGUGACGCAGAUGGUAAUUGUACUGUAACAAGAAUUACAAAACUGAAACCAGUUGGAUCCUCUGUGUGGACUAAUGAGGAAGAAAAUGUUGAACAUGUCAAAAAACUGUAA